CAAGAACCCGCUCAUACCCAGAUAGCGGUGGUGCUGCGAACGCACGAGAGAUGGCCUACUCAAAGCAGUGGCUCGCGCCAUCCCAGCCUACACUUCUAGCUUCAUCGAACUCGCGCUAGGGAGUUGCCGGGAACUCAAAUCGUUUGAUAGCUAACUUUUGGAUGAGGAUGACAAUGAAGCUUCUACGUUGAUGAUGCAACGAAGCAUUGAACUCUCGUGGCUUCAUUUUUCGGCUAAAGAACGAAGAUCAUGCAGCAUUUUGCAUGACUUGCCAUGGAAGGAAGAUCCAGAGUCUGGUGUCUGGAUUGAAGUGCUAUCCUCAACUGUUCUUCUUGUUUCCGUCCUGGUGUUUCUUUUUCCAUCGCAACCAGAGGCUCUGAAAUCGCCGUUUUCCCCUAUCGACAUGCUUUCAUUGCUUCCCAGGCAGGUCUCAUGGCCGAUUCUCAACUAUCUGAACAACGCCGACGAUCUUCUUCCGACUUUCGUCGGAGCUGUCUCCUCUCCUGAUAAGUCUAUUCAAUGGCAAGGGGCUUGCUUCGAUAAGAACACCGCUUGGCUUGAAUUUCAUAACAAUUCCGGCUCUGAAUUUGGCGGUGGUACGCUUCAUAUAAAGGCUAGCAAUGCACAUAGUUGGACGUGUAUGGAUCUUUAUAUCUUUGCAACGCCGUAUCGUGUGACGUGGGACUACUAUUUCUUUUCCAGAGAACAUACUCUUGAGUUUACAGAAUGGGAAGGAAAACAAGAAUUUGAAUACGUUAAAGAGGCAGGGGUUUCAAUUUUCCUCUUGCAAGCUGGGGUAUUGAGAACCCUUCAAGCAUUGUUCGACGUCCUCCCUUUGUUUGCAAAUUCGGACUGGGGCGAGCAAUCUAAUAUUAAGUUUCUUGAGAAUCACAUGGGUCCUACCUUUAAGGAACGUCGUCCCCCAUGGACUACAAGUGUUAAUGUUGAUGAUAUUCACUCUGGAGAUUUCUUAGCAUUAUCCAAAUUUCGUGGUCCGUGGGGUGCUUUUGAGACUCUACAGAAGUGGGUUACUGGUUCAUUUGCUGGUCAUUCUGCUGUUUGCUUAAGGGAUUCUGAAGGAAACUUGUGGGUUGCUGAAUCUGGGCGUGGAACUGGAGUGGAGGAUGAUAUUAUUGAUGUUUUACCAUGGGAUGAGUGGUGGAACUACGAACUCAACAACGAUUCAUCCAAUCCCCACAUUGCAUUUCUUCCUUUGCAUCCUGAUUUGAGGGCGAAGUUGAAUGAGACUGCUGCGUGGGAGUAUGUAAGGAGCAUGGUUGGGAAACCAUAUGGUUAUCAUAAUUUGAUAUUUAGCUGGAUCGACACCAACCAUGGAAACUAUCCACCUCCCUUGGAUGCCCAUCUGGUUGCUUCUGCUAUGACAAUAUGGACACAAGUGAGGCCAACCCUUGCGGCAAACUUGUGGAAUGAAGCUUUAAACAUACGACUUGGAACAAAGGGCCUUGACCUUCCUGAGAUUCUAGUUGAGGUUGAAAAGCAAGGGUCAUCUUUUGGCGAACUACUGGCUAUUCCUGAACAGGAUGACUGGAUCUAUGCUGACGGGAAAUCAGCAUCGUGUGUUGCUUUUAUCCUUGAAAUGUACAAGGCGGCCGGGCUUUUUGGUCCACUUUCUAGCUCAAUACAAGUCACAGAGUUCACAAUAAAAGAUGCAUACACUCUCAACUUUUUUGAAAACAAUUCAAGCCGCCUUCCGAAGUGGUGUAAUGGUGGGGACGAUGUCAAGCUUCCAUAUUGUCAGAUUCUUGGAAAGUAUCGAAUGUAUUUACCGGGAUAUAAUAGCAUUGAGCCCUAUCAACAUAUGAAUGAAAGGUGCCCUUCUCUUCCAACCAAGUACUACCGUCCAAAGAAUUGCUAGAAACGUCUUAUGUCUUGAUGAUUUCAGUUGUUACAGUAUUGAUUUUCUUGUAGCCUUCUAAGUUUUUGCAUAUCUGAAGCAAUAUGUUGGAACGUGUAGCACAUAAUGUUGCUUCAGUUCUGUUCCAAUUUGUCAUUCCUAUAGAAAAUUCAAAUAAGGUAUAGAUCUCUCCCUCUUUCUCUCUUAAAUAGAAAUUAGGUUACAUUAACUUUUUUCUGUACCUAUUGAAAAUCAAGCAUACCUAUGAAGUUGUAGUUGAUGUUUGAUAAAUUUCAGUGAAAUCAGCUGUUCAUAUUUAUUGAGCUUCUAUUUGAUCA